CUUUUUCUCCAAAGCUCUUGGUCUGAAAGGCACUUCAUUAAUCCCUAUUCCGAUCUGUUAAUUUAUUGAAUAGUCGUUUAACUAUUUGCUUAUAACAAUGUAGCAGAGCCCAUCACUUCACCUGAUUUGUGACUUUUCUAGCCAGUUCGCAUAAUAGCCAAUUUGGUCAUUUGAUUUGAAAAGAAGGCGGAAGAUGGGUGAGCACUCAAGCAAUUUAUGCAAUUUGUUUUACUGACGGAAAGUAGCCAAAGUGAUGAAGAAUAUACAUACUCUACAAUGGCCGCUAGAGCUCAGAAAAAGCACAAAGCUAAAAACCUCUUUAACGGCUUUCACAUUUCAAUUAAAAAGAAAGAUGAGCGGAACUUCAGGUCUCUUUCAGCUAUGGCAACUUCCUUCCUCAUCACUAUUGGGACUCUCCAAGCUCUCUAAAGGUCUAUACUUGGUUCCUGUGCGUGUUAUGUAUCCAAUGUCAUGCUUCUGUAAGCAAAUGACUACUACUUAUGAAAUUGUUAAAGGAAGCUAUGUAUCAAAUCCACAGAACCAACCCAGAAAAAAAAGAAAAAUUGACACCUAAGGUAGAAAAUAUAGGUGCAUUUCAAAAAUUACCCAUGGUAAUGCCAUCUAUAGAUAUUCUACAAUCAGCACUAAGGAAAGCAAAGAGGAUCGCGCCUACAAAGGGCAUAGCUAAUGCUGCAAAACGCGAGAGAAAUAAAGGUGCAAAACAACUUGAUGCAUUAAUGAAGGAGUUGGCUGUGCCCUUGAGGACAUACAAGGAGAACUUCCCAAACAAAAAAUAUUUGCACCCUUAUGAACGAUCUUUGAUUGAGUUAACGCUUGGAGAUGGAAACUAUGAAGAGGCAUUGGGAAAGCUAGAAGCUUUAAGGAAAAAGGUGAAUUCAGUUGGAAAGGAACAUGCAUCAUUAUGUGCUAAGUCAUUAUCUAAACGAGAAGCAGAGGAGCGACUGAACGAGGGAUUGAAAAGAAUUGAGGAAAUUUUUUAUCAGGAUGGAAAAGCUGUUGAUCAACUAUUGAACAUUGCCAAGACAUUACGGGCAAUGCCAGUUGUCGAUCUGGAAACACCAACUCUCUGUCUUGUUGGUGCUCCCAAUGUCGGAAAAUCAUCUUUGGUUCGUGUACUUUCGACAGGGAAGCCUGAGAUCUGCAACUAUCCCUUCACAACCAGAGGAAUUCUGAUGGGUCAUAUUAAUUUGAGCUACCAGAAUUUUCAGGUUACUGAUACCCCUGGAAUCUUAAGGAGAUGUGAUGAGGACAGGAAUAACUUGGAAAAGUUAACACUUGCUGUUCUCACUCAUUUGCCAACUGCAGUACUUUAUGUUCAUGAUUUAUCAGGAGAAUGUGGGAUGUCACCUUCCGAUCAGUUUGUAAUCUAUAAGGAAAUGAGAGAGAGAUACAGCAGCCAUAUUUGGCUUGAUGUCGUGUCCAAAUGUGACUUACUGCAAGCAUAUCCUGUCAUCUUUGCAACAGAUGAUUGUAACGUUGAUAACUUUGAGCUGGUGAGAUACAGGAAAAUGGGACCUGACGGAGCCUUAAAUGUGUCGGUAAAGAAUGAGAUUGGUCUUCAUGAGUUGAAGAAAAAAGUUUACGAGCUGCUUGCUUCUCAAUCAGAAAGGAUCAAAAACCAAAAGAACAAGGAGGCAGAGCUGGAAGUUUCAAGCUAGUUGGUUUUUGCCUGCCGGAAUUUUGCUGCAAGUUUUUGGGCUUGGUAAUUAGCUCAAUGUGAUCGUGAUCUAUCAUGUAUGUACAAUUGUACAUUGGUGAUCGAUCUGUGUUGACAGUAACACACAUUUCCAGGUCCAUGAAUACGACAUGUUUCUUGGCGUAUUUCUCAGGCUGUUGGACAAUGAGGUCCUCAUUUGCUUCGCUUCGAAUCUCAUCUCUAAGAUACCCAAAUCAUUUGUCAAAUGGUGCAGAUGGGGUUGCCAUAUCCGUCAUUCCAUUCUUUGUAGCAAUCUUUGAUAAGUUUUUCUUCAGUGGUUUAUGGAUAUGCUACUGAGAAGCAUUUGGAGGUUUGAAAGCUCGAAAUUUCCGAAGCUCUAAUACUGAACCAUCUUAUAUUUAUUUAC